GAGCCUCAUCCCUUCUUUUCUCUUCCAGGACAGAGAAGAAGAAGAAGAAGAGAGGAUCUCUGUGACGAUGGGAGGCUCCGUGCUCCCCCUGGUGGCCGUGUGCGUCUUGGCCCUCCUGCCCCUCGGCAUUCUGGGUAGGAGCUCUGCGCGGGUGAAGAGGGGCUGGGUGUGGAACCAGUUCUUCGUCCUGGAGGAAUACACGGGCCUGGACCCGCUGUACAUCGGGAAGCUCCACUCGGACAUGGACGAAGGCGACGGCUCCAUCCGGUACAUCCUGAGCGGCGAGGGCGCCGGCACCACCUUCACCAUCGACGACGGCACCGGGGACAUCCACGCCAUCCAGCGGCUGGACCGCGAGCGGAAGGCGCAGUACGUGCUGCGCGCCCAGGCCCGGAGCCGCCGCACCGACCGGCCGCUGGAGCCCGAGUCCCAGUUCAUCGUCAAGAUCCAGGACAUCAACGACAACGAGCCGCGCUUCCCCGACGGGCCGUACCGGGCCUCGGUGCCUGAGAUGUCCAGCAUCGGAACCUCAGUGAUCCAGCUCACCGCGGUGGAUGCUGAUGACCCGUCGUACGGUAACAGCGCUCGUGUUGUCUACAGCAUCCUGGAGGGGCAGCCCUACUUCUCUGUGGAUGCCAAGACCGGUGUGGUCCGCGUGUCCCUGGCCGACAUGGACCGGGAGACCAGGGAGAACUACACGGUGGCGGUCCAGGCCAAGGACAUGGGGGGCCAGCUGGGGGGUCUGGCCGGGACCACCACGGUCAACAUCACGCUGGAGGACGUCAACGACAACCCGCCCACGUUCGACCAGCGGUUGUACCAGAUGAGCAUCCCCGAGGUGGCGCCCGUGGGCUCCGUGGUGGGCCGCAUCUGGGCCAGGGACCGGGACACCGGGGUCAACGCCGAGAUGGAGUACAGCAUCAUCGACGGAGACGGCCGGGACACCUUCGCCAUCGCCACCGACCCCACCCACAUGUUCGGCAUCAUCACCGUGAAGAGGCCGCUGGACUUUGAGAACAAGCCCAGCUACACCCUGAAGGUGGAGGGCUCCAACAGCCAGCAGGCUCCGCCCCCUCGCGGCCCCUUCCAGGACGUGACCAUCGUGCACGUGAGCGUGGAGGACGUGGACGAGCCGCCGCGCUUCGACCGGCCGGCGUACGGCGCCGAGCUGCCGGAGGACGCCGAGGUCGGCACCGUGGUGAGGACGGUGGCGGCGAGGGACCCCGACGCCGCCAACCACACCGUGAGGUACUCCAUCGACAGGUCCAGCGACCCCGAGGCGUUCUUCUACAUGGAGAUCACCACCGGGGCUCUGAUCACGAUGCGUUCACUGGACCGGGAGGAGGUGGGCUGGCACAACAUCACCGUCCUCGCCAUGGAGAUGAGUAACCCCACGCAGAUCUCCAGCGCCCUGGUGGCCGUGAGGGUCCUGGACGUGAACGACAACCCGCCCUCGCUGACGCACCAGCAGGAGGCGUACGUGUGCGACAGCGCCAAAGCGGGACAGCUGAUCCAGACGGUGGCGGCGGUGGAUCGAGACGAGCCGCUCGCCGGACAACAUUUUAACUUCCGUCUGGCUCCGGAAGCCGUGAACAACCCCAACUUCACCCUGAGGGACAACCAAGACAACACGGCGUGGAUCCUGACCCGGCGAGGAGGCUGGUCCCAGCGGGACCAGACCGUCUUCUACUUGCCCAUCUUCAUCUCCGACGGCGAGCAGCCGGUGCACACCAGCACCAGCACGGUGACCAUCCGCGUGUGCAGCUGCGACCACGACGGCAACGUCAUGUCGUGCAACGCCGAGGCGCACAGCCUGCCCGCCAGCCUCAGCCGGGGGGCGCUCAUCGCCAUCCUGGCCUGCAUCUUCGUCCUGCUGGUGAUGAUCCUGCUCAUGCUCUCCCUGCGCACCCACCGCAAGAAGCCCUUCCUGUGCGACGAGGAGGAGAACGUCAACGAGAACAUCGUGCGCUACGACGACGAGGGCGGCGGCGAGGAGGACACCGAGGCCUUCGACAUCGGCGCCAUGUGGAACCCGCGCGAGGCGCACCGCCACCCGCACCGCCCCCCGGGCACGGCGAGGCAGGACAUGCUGCCGGAGAUCGAGAGCCUGUCGCGGUACGUGCCCCAGGCGCGCGUCGCGGGCGGCGCCGACAGCAGCGUGCGCGGCUACGUGCUGGCGAAGCUGCUGGACGCGGACGCCGGCGCCUCGCCGUUCGACUCGCUGCAGACGUACGCCUACGAGGGCGAGGGCUCGGUGGCCGAGUCGCUCAGCUCGCUGCAGUCGGGGGCGUCCAACACGGACCACGAGUACGACUACCUCAACGACUGGGGGCCGCGCUUCACGAAACUGGCGGAGAUGUACGGCGUGCUGGAGACGAACCCCGCCCCCGUGUGGUAGAACAGACGCUUUUAUUUUUUGAUUUUCUUGGGGUGGAAAAUCUCGACGAAUCGGAGACGGAAAGAAGAAAAAAAAGAACAUCGGAGAAUGGACGACGAACAAUAGCCGCGAACUCCACGGCACUUGAACUCCUGCCGAGGCCUCGAAGGCCCGAGAUGCCCGCUGAGCUACUUUAGCAUUAGCAUUAGCAUCCCCCCCCCCCCCGCCUCAAAGCACACGUUAACUCUCCUGUCUUGGUUCAAAGUGUCAAAACUUUACUCAAACUCUGAAACGACAGACAGAAGUCACAGGAGUUGUUGUUGUUGUUGUUGUUGUUGUUGUUCUGUUUCAUCCGUGGCCGGUCCUAAUUUAUUUCUUCGUUCCAUGUGCCGUAUAUUUAUAUAUUUUUCUUGCUAACUUAUUUGGGUACCUUCACACUGACACUACACCUUUAAAGGGUCACGUGUACGUCGGCACACGCGUGAUGUGGAAGCUCUCGUUUCAUUCACGGUUCCCUGAGAGUUUCUCUUGAAUGUCACAUGACGCGCUGAUUGAUGUAAAACCUGUGUGGGGUUGGUUUUGUUGUUGUUGUUUUUUUCUACAGGUUGAUAUGUUUAUCAUAUUAUUAUUAUUGUUGUUGUUUUUGUAUCAUAUUUGUAUCGAAACUGUUUUUCUCAACACAAAAACACAAGAAGCAGUUCACUCACGAGAAACCGAGGGAAGCCAUUUUGUUUUUGGGGGCGGGGCCAGAAAUUGGACGUAUCCCUGCAGGCACAUCUGGGACGAUCGUGUGACUCGAGUCGCAUUUCUUUUCUUUUUUCUCCGGACCCACCGCCGUGCCGCUUCGUCCUCCCGACCCCGUGGACUUCAGAGACGCCGAUAAGGAUGCAUCAAGUGCCAAAAGUAUUUUAAAGAAAAAGAACAUUUUGGAUGAAAAAUGAAUAAAUCAGCAAAACACAAACACCUAAAGACGAUAUAAAAAAAAGAUUUUUCAAACUGAGAAGGAAGUGAAGGAGCAUUUUGAUAACUGAUUGGGGAGAAGUUUACCUGGACUCUGACGUGGUCCGCCACGCCGCAGUGAGCCGUGUGCAGAUGUAGAUACCAUUUUGUAUUCUUGGUAAUAAAAAGGAAA